UCACCACCAUAAUAUUCCUAAUUUUCACCAAACGAUCACCACAGAAUCAUCACCACCAUGGAACCAGUCCCAAUUACCACCAAAGGCUUCGGUACAAUGAGUUUGACCGGCACUGCAACUCCCCAGCCUCUUGACAAGUCUGUUGCAACUUUAAAGCACGUCAAAGACACAUAUGGUGUUAAGUUCUUAGACUGCGGUGAAUUCUACCAAUUUAACCCCGAGUUUCACAACUUGAAAUUGGCAAAAAUAUUUUGUGAACAAGAGCAAGACAAAGACAUUGUAAUCUGUGUCAAAGGAGCUUUCAAGGUGCCUAGCAUGGUUCCAGACGCAUCACCUGAAAACCUCAACAAGUGUAUUGAUGAAACCAUUUCUUACUUCAAGGACUUGAAGGUCAAGCCCAAGAUCAUCUAUGAAGCUGCUCGUGUAGACAAAAACUACACUGUUGAAGAUGUAACUUCUCGAAUCUAUGAGAGAGUCAAGGCUGGUGACAUUGAUGGUGUCGCGUUGAGUGAAGUAAGUGCAGAAUCCAUCAAAAAAGCUGCUUCGGUGGCCCCCAUUUCUGCUAUCGAGGUGGAAUUCUCGUUGUUUCUGGAAGAUAUUCUUAAGAACGGAGUUUUAGCAGAAGCUUCCAAACACCAGAUUCCAAUUCUCGCCUAUUCUCCAGUGGGAAGAGGCUUGUUGACUAACUAUGCUGCAGAACACCCCGAUUACCUUAGUACCCUUCUGGAGCAUGACUUUAAAAGAACUUAUGAUUGGUUCCAACCCGGAAACUUCGAGAAGAAUAAGGGUCGUUUGACUGCUUUGUACAAUUUUGCAAAGUCAAAGAACCUAACUUUGGAAAGAUUGGCUUUGAGCUAUCUUGAAAGUUUGUCUGGCCUUGAAAACUUCUUGGGUAUUCCCAAGGUCACCAAGAUCAUUCCUAUUCCUUCUGGGUCAACUCCUGAGAAAGUGGACAGAAACUACAAGGGACUUGUGAAGUUGUCCAGAGAAGAUGUAGUCGCCGUCAAUAAGAUUCUUGAGGAGCACCCAGUGUAUGGAGUCCGGUACAAUGCCCAUGCCAGCGCCCUUUUAAAUGGUUGAGCAUAAAACUGAUCAAAUGUGGCUCUAUAGGAUUACAAGUGUUUGUUUGACAGACUAAAUAAAAACCUCAAUAAACCUGUAUUGCUGUAUUGAAUGAAAA